CGUGGGAGAGCUAAUGCUAUUAUUUUAAUUUUAACUACUAAUCUAGACGGGAACUUAUUAUUAAGUUUUCGAAUCUUUAAACCUUGAACUUGAUCUUGAUGAUCACUAAAAACUAACCUGCUGAUCCUGAAUCUAAAACUACACUCCGUUCUUCUUCUCUCUGCUUACUCUAUAUAUACGUGAUCACAUAAGCCACGCCUUCUUGAUCACUGCCUUUACUUACGCUACAUAUGCACAAACUACGCCCUCAUGAUCAUGAUGAUCAUGAUGACGUAGGCAUCAUUCUGUGCUCCUCAUUCCUAUCCUCUCUUCCCCUUCGUGAUCUCCUCCUGCACACAAUAUGGUUUGGACACACAUGAGAGGCGAGAUACAUAUGAAAACUACAUCUAUGUAUUUUGAAUCCCUUGACCUUUGAAAUGCUGAUGUCACAUUUGCAUCAGCGUUCCAAAGGUUGCAGAACAUAGAAGCGACUCGUUCUUUUGAAAGCAAGCUCAUAAAAUGCAAUCGUAUUUAUUCCUCUCCAUUGUCAACCUUAAAACUUGCAACAUGUUUGAAAUAAAAAACUUCGCCAAAUUUCUCCUCAUCACUAGCGCACUUUCCCAAUUCCGCCCAGUGUCUGGCGCCCUCGUCGCGAAACUCUGCAAUGCUACCGUCCCCGUCAUGACCGUGUUUGCCGGCGUCUCGUACGACGGGGACGACUCCAUCUUCCACUUCGGCGGGUUGAACGUCUUCCCAACAGAAAUGGAUCCCGAAUUAGCGAUGAACGCCAUCUGGCGGUACAGCAUAUCCGCAGACGCAUUCGAUCUUGUCACCCGCCUUCCCAUCGGCAUGCUGUACCCUUCAAUAAUAAAUUCCGGAGACGGGACCUACCACAUUUUGGGCGGAGCGGUAGACGAAUUUUUGCCACAAUAUUCGGUUUUCAAGUUUUCCGUGGAGAACCGAACGGUCACUGAAGUCGCACAACUCCCCAAUAUCGGCCAGUACAUGGGCGCCUUCAAGAGGGACGAAGAGACGGUCUUCCUCCUCCGGCGGGAUAUUUCUGCGGCCAUAUGCAAAUUUAAUCUUUCCUCGUACGAAACAGUGUGGUGCACUCCGAUGGGAGAAGAAGGCCAGAUAAGGUUUCAGAGCACGAGCAUUUUGUUGGACGAUGUGGAUAGGUUGGCCUACAUCGCGCUCUUCGAUAACACCGAAAAUCAAACGGUUCUCCGCUAUGACGCUGUCCGCGAGGAGGGAACCUUGAUCAACUUCGGGGCAAAGAAUUUCACCGGGUAUGCAACCUCUCCGACGGAUUCUUUACGAAGAUACGGAUAUGCGAUGGGAAGCUACAAUUCGGUCUCGUCCCUGCUUCGAUUCGACUUUAGGACGCAAAACGUUGAGUAUUUUCCGUUUGAAAUUUCCCUUCCGGGAGUUUCCUCGUAUGGGAUGGGAUGGUCAGUCUUCAUCCCCAAAUUGAACGGGAUCUAUCUUUUCGGAGGAUACUUGCAGAGUUCUUUUCGGAAGGAGGUGUGGUUCGUGGAUUUGGUAGAAAGUGAAGCCGGCUUUCGAAACAGGACGAUUAUUCCGUGAGAAAAUUUUAAGAAAUGUACCUCGCUUAAAUUUUUCACAUAAGAUCCAAUACAAUAUCAAAACUAAAAACGAUUACUCCGUCGGAUUUAUUAUUCGACGUAUUUAUGUACAUACACCUACUUAAUCUGCAUAUUUUAAUUAAGUACGAU